UGCACUGUUGUAUAACGAGAGACUGUCGCCAGUGUUGUGAUUUGUGAUUAUUUUUUGAGCGAUUGUGGAACGUUGUUAUUUACUGUGAUUCAGAAGUAUGCACAGCUGAAAAAUGAGUGUCCUGACGACGGUAUCAGCGGCCGCCAAAGCUGCACUAACUAUUGGCGGGAUAAGUAAACUGACAUUUAUCCCUGCCAUGUUGGCAGCGCUGGCAUACUUUCACUACGAUGUACUCGACCCCGAAAGCCGACCGUUCAACCAAAAAUACCUUCGAGAGGAAUACGAUUUCAUUAUUGUAGGAGGAGGAUCUGCUGGAGCUGUGCUAGCUAAUAGACUGAGUGAAAUAGAGGGCUGGAGCGUGCUAUUGCUGGAAGCAGGUGGACAUGAGACUGAUAUUAGCGACGUACCGUUACUAUCUUUGUAUCUACACAAAAGUAAAUUGGAUUGGAAAUAUCGAACUGAGCCUCAAGACUCCGCUUGCCAAGCUAUGGUUGACAAGCGUUGUAGCUGGACAAAAGGAAAAGUACUCGGAGGUUCUUCGGUACUCAACACAAUGCUUUAUAUUCGCGGUAACAAACGGGAUUUCGAUCACUGGGAAUCUUUAGGCAAUCCUGGAUGGGGCUUCAAAGAUGUCUUGCCUUAUUUCAAAAAAUCGGAGGACCAACGGAACCCAUAUUUGGCUAAAGAUAAAAAAAAUCAUGCAACGGGUGGUUAUCUGACAGUUCAAGACGCGCAAUAUAAUACGCCCAUUGGAGCUGCAUUUCUGCAAGCUGGUGAGGAAAUGGGUUACGACAUCUUAGACGUAAACGGAGAUCAACAAACAGGUUUCGGUUGGUUUCAAUUUACAAUGCGAAGAGGAACACGUUGUUCCACAGCGAAAGCUUUUCUUAGACCUGUACGACUACGCCAAAACCUUCACGUUUCCUUGUUUUCGCAUGUCACUAAAGUUUUAAUAGAUAAAGGGACUAGAAGAGCAUAUGGCGUUGAAUUUAUAAAGGAUACUACUAAGCUAGUUAUUUACGCCAAACGUGAAGUAAUCUUGGCUGCUGGUGCGAUUGCUUCACCUCAAUUACUCAUGCUUUCUGGUAUUGGUCCAGCGAAACAUCUCGAAGAAGUUGGAAUUGACGUGGUAUAUGAUUCGCCUGGAGUAGGUAGAAAUUUGCAAGACCACAUUGCUGUUGGUGGAAUAGUAUUCCAAAUUGACUACCCCGUAAGUUUAGUCAUGAAUCGACUUGUAAAUAUUAAUUCAGCAUUGCGCUAUGCUGUAACAGAAGACGGACCAUUGACUUCAAGUAUCGGCUUAGAAGUAGUAGCUUUUAUAAACACAAAAUAUGCGAAUGCAACUGAAGAUUGGCCAGAUAUUGAGUUUAUGAUGACUUCAGCAUCUACUCCGUCCGAUGGUGGCACUCAAGUCAAAAGAGCUCACAGUAUCACUGACGAAUUCUACGAUCAAGUAUUUGGCCAUUUAACGAACAAAGAUGUCUCCGGUAUAUUCCCUAUGUUGCUGCGACCUAAAAGUCGUGGAUUUAUUAAGUUAAGAUCGAAAAAUCCAUUAGACUAUCCUAUUAUGAUUCAUAACUAUUUAACACAUCCUGAUGACGUUGGAGUUUUAAGAGAGGGCGUUAAAGCCGCUGUUGCAACAGUAGAAACCAAGGCUAUGAAGCGUUUAGGCGCUAGAUAUAACAGCAAUCCCGUACCAAAUUGCAAACAUCUACCUCUGUACACCGAUGAAUAUUGGGAUUGUUACAUAAGGCAGUAUACCAUGACAAUUUACCACCUUUCUUGCACUGCAAAGAUGGGCCCCACAAGUGAUCCAAUGGCUGUGGUAGAUCCACAGCUACGAGUGUAUGGAAUAGAGGGACUCCGCGUUAUAGACGCUAGUAUUAUGCCAACCGUUUCGAAUGGCAACAUCAAUGCCCCUGUAAUUAUGAUUGCAGAGAAAGGCAGCGAUUUAAUAAAAGAAACCUGGCUACCUAAGAAUCCAAAGAGGAAGCGGAGGUCUUUAAAAUGUUCUACUUUUGAGCAGUUUUUUUUAAAAAGAGGUCGUUUAAGCCCUCAGUGUGAUAUUAAGAGAUGAUAUUGGGGUUGGUUAGGUAAUUAUUUUAAUAGAGCCAUAUAAAAAAACGACAAAAAUAGACUACAUAACAUUUAGAAUCAUUAGCAAAUGUUUCCAUAGAAUAUCUCGUAAUUGUAACAAUUCUAGUCGUCUUUUUUGACAAAUAUAUUCAAUGCAAUAAGCCCUCAUAAGCCCUUAUACCUUUACAUGACGCUAGGUAUA